AUUAUUUGCAGUGCACGCCGCUCGCAAGCAGAAAAUGUUUGGUUGAUGUCAUGUUGAAUUUAUGGUGAGAAGGCUAUUUUCUUACUUCAAACUGUUAAAUCUCUUAUUUUGAAUUCCACUUGGGUAAACACGUCUACAGCAUGACUUCCGCUUUCAACGAUGAUUUCGUUCGUCAAGUUGAGCAGAUGAGCAGGUUCCAGGAGCAAACCCACAAGUUAACCAGCAAGUGUUGGGAUCUAUGCGUUGAAAAGCCUGAGACACGACUAGGGAGCCGCUCUGAGACGUGUCUGAAAAACUGCGUCGAGAGAUUCAUCGAUAUCAACAACUUCAUCACCAACCGGUUUCAAACGUCUCUCAUGGACAGACAAGCUGGAGACACUUCUUUUGAUUAGUGAAUCGCACAUAGUGCGGUUGUCAUGUUAAUAGUCAUCACCUGUAGUUACUGAGGAAAAUAGGAAAAUGUUCUCCAGAUUCAA